UUGACAACCGGAAACUUGUUCUUUUCUUUCUGGACAUUUAUAUUAUAAAAAUGGCUGAGGUUGAUGAAACUCAAAAAAAGAAGCGUGCCUUCAGGAAAUUCACCUAUAGAGGUGUUGAUUUGGAUCAACUUCUUGAUAUGCCAAAUGACCAACUCGUAGAAUUAAUGCAUAGCAGAGCUAGAAGACGUUUUUCUCGUGGUCUUAAACGUAAACCAAUGGCUUUAAUUAAGAAAUUAAGAAAAGCUAAAAAAGAGGCCCCACCAUCUGAAAAACCAGCAAUCGUAAAAACACAUUUGAGAAAUAUGAUUGUAGUUCCCGAAAUGGUCGGUUCAAUCAUUGGUAUUUAUAACGGGAAGACCUUCAAUCAGGUUGAAAUCAAACCUGAAAUGAUUGGACAUUAUUUAGGAGAAUUUUCAUUGUCAUAUAAGCCUGUAAAACAUGGUAGACCAGGUAUUGGUGCUACACACAGUUCAAGAUUUAUUCCACUUAAGUAAAUGUUGAUAAUGAUUUUAAUAAAAUAACUAAACAAGAAA